AUGGAAGCGGAGACAAUUUGGACGCUUAGAUCCUCGUUGUUGAUCUUUGUUAUAACACUGCUCGGAGUUGUUUCAAUAUUUUCCGACGGUUUGCCUCACCGGAUUCUGCUUGAUACGGAUGUUGACACUGACGAUUUGUUUGCUAUCUUAUACCUAUUGAAGCUUAACCGAUCAGAGAUUGAAUUGCAGGCUAUAACUAUUAACACAAAUGCAUGGACCGAUGCUGGUCAUGCUGUAAAUCAAGUUUACGAUGUCCUUUACAUGAUGAACCGCGAUGACAUUGUUGUUGGAAUGGGAGGUGAAGGAGGAAUAGACGAAGAUGGAAUCAUACAACCAAAUGUUGGAGGAUAUCUUCCACUAAUUGAACAGGGGAUUGGCACUUCUGGUUAUUGUAGAUAUAGACAAACAAUUCAUGCAGGUCAGGGAGGACGAUUAGAUGUUAGUUCAAAUUAUGGUUUGAGGAAAAGUUUUCUUCCACAGGGGAGCAGGAGAUAUUCUCCUCUUAGACAACCUACUUCUCAACAAGUUAUGAUUGACACGAUAUCUUCCGGUCCUAUUAGUGUUAUCACUAUCGGAACACACACGAAUUUAGCCAUUUUUCUUAUGACUAAUCCUCAUCUUAAGAAGAACAUUCAACACAUUUAUGUCAUGGGUGGUGGUGUGAGGUCUAAGAACCCAACAGAUUGUUUUCGAAAAGAAAACACCACUACAUCUUCUUUCCAGCCUCAAGAAUGUGGUGAUCGUGGUAAUCUGUUCACUGAUUACACUAGCAACCCGUAUGCAGAAUUCAACAUAUUUGGAGAUCCUUUUGCUGCAUACCAGGUAAUCCAUUCAGGAAUUCCUGUGACAUUGGUUCCUCUUGAUGCAACAAACACCAUUCCUAUAACUGAGGAGUUUUUCGACGCACUUGGGAACAUUCAGUACUAUACAUACGAGGCACAAUACUGCUUCAAAUCCAUGAAAAUUACUCGCGAUACUUGGUUUGAUGACCAAUUCUACACGUGUUGUUCUCCAUAG